UGAAGGAGCUCGUCCUCGGUGUGUGGCGGGUCAGAGUCCCACCUCAGUGAAGGCCUGUCAUGGAGCCUCGUGCUUCGUGUGUGAGAACAUGAAACCUCAGGAGACCAGAGACUGAUGACAUGCUGGGAAGUGGCUGUUCAAUGGAAGAAAGGUGAUGUCCCCUCUGAUGUCUCCUCUGAAUGUGAUGUCUCCUCUGAAGGUGAUGUCUCCUAUGAUGUCUCCUCAGAAUGUGAUGUCUCCUCCUAAUGUCUCCUACGAUGUCUCCUUUGAAUGUGAUGUCCCCUCUAUGAUGCGAUGUCUCCUCCGAUGUGAUGUUUCCUUUGAUGUCUUAUAUGAUGUCUCCUCUGAAUGUGAUGUCUCCUAUGAUGUCUCCUUUGAAUGUGGCGUCCCCUCUAAUGUCUCCUCUGAUGUGAUGUAUCCUCUGAUGUCUCUUCAGAUGUGAUGUCUCCUUUGAUGUCUUCUAUGAUGUCUCCUCUGAAUGUGACGUCUCCUCUGAUGUCUCCUCUGAAUGUGCUCUAAUGUCUCCUAUGAUGUCUCCUUUGAAUGUGAUGUCCUCUCUAAUGUCUCCUCUGAUGUGACGUCUCCUCUGAUGUCUCCUAUGAUGUGAUAUCUCCUCUGAUGUCUCCUAUGAUGUGGUGUCUCCUUUGACGUCUUCUCUAAUGUCUCCUCUGAAUGUUAUGUCUCCUCUGAUGUCUCCUCUGAAGGUGAUGUCUCCUCUGAAUGUGAUGUUUCCUUAGAUGUCUUCUCUGAUGUCUCCUUUGAUGUCUUCUAUGAUGUCUCCUCUGAAUGUGAUGUCUCCUAUGAUGCCUUCUCUGAUGUCUCCUCUGAAUGUGAUGUCUCCUCUGAUGUCUCCUCUGAAUGUGAUGUGUCCUCUAAUGUCUCCUAUGAUGUCUCCUUUGAAUGUGAUGUGUCCUCUAAUGUCUCCUAUGAUGUCUCCUUUGAAUGCGAGGUCCCCUCUAAUGUCUCCUCUGACGUCUCCUCUGAAAGUGAUGUCUCCUCUGAUGUCUCCUCUGAAUGUGAUGUGUCCUCUAAUGUCUCCUCUGAAUGUGAUGUGUCCUCUAAUGUCUCCUAUGAUGUCUCCUUUGAACGUGAUGUCCCCUCUAAUGUCUCCUCUGAUGUGAGGAGACAUUAGAGGCACAGAGGGCCUGUGAUGUCUCCUCUGACGUCUCCUUUGAAUGUGAUGUAUCCUCUGACGUGAUGUCUCCUAUGAUGUCUCCUACGACGUCUCCUUUAUACAAACAGACAGAGGACAGAGGACAGAGGACGUCUGGACAGACGGACGGACAGACGGACAGAGGGACAGACGGACAGAGGGACAGAGGGACAGACAGACAGACGGACAGAGGGACAGACAGACGGACAGAGGUACAGACGGACAGAGGGACAGACAGACAGACAGAUACACACUAUUGAGUAUAGUGUUGCUCUAUCACCCUGUGUUGUUAUCAUAUGAUAUCGUAGUACAUGUGAGUGUCUUUGUUGUGUCUCCUGAGCCAGAGGAGCUGGUGACAUGAGACACAAGGACGUGACUGAGCCGCUCAGGUUCAACCCCCCCGACGCCGUACACCACUCUACUUCUAAUGAGAUGAAAAGAAGUCAGAUUAAAGCUUUUCUGAAUCACAUGACCCGCUCCAAUAAUCCUUUUGUGUAGUUGUGUAGUUGUGGCUCUCACACACUUCAGCUCCAGUAGAUAUAGGAUCUCUGAACAUGUUUCUCACGCGAACCCGCCACUGGUCUAUAAGAGUCCUGAGGAACCAGGCCCAGGCCACAGACGGAUCCAGCAGCGAGCGCAAUGGCUCAGAGGACAGCUCUGAUUGUGUACGCCCACCAGAGCCCGGGCUCCUUCAACGCGGCGCUCCGGGACUCGGCGGUUCAGGAGCUGACGGAUCAGGGCUUCAGGGUCACGGUGUCUGACCUCUACGCCAUGACCUUCAGGGCCAACGCCACACGGGAUGACAUCAGCGGUGACCUGAGGAACUGCACGCUGUUCCAGUACGGAGAGGAGGCCAUGCACGCCUGGAUGGAGGGGCGCCUCAGUGACGACAUUGUGGCAGAGCAACGCAAAGUGGAAGCGGCGGAGCUGAUCAUCUUCCAGUUUCCUCUGUACUGGUUCAGUGUGCCGGCCAUCAUGAAGGGCUGGAUGGACCGAGUUCUCACACAAGGUUUCGCCUUCUCCAUGGAAAAGAUGUACAACCAUGGUAUUUUCAAGGAUAAGAAAGCCAUGUUGUCCUUCACGACUGGAGCCACACAGACGAUGUUCCGCCCGGACGGCAUCAACGGAGACAUCAACGUCUCACUGUGGCCUCUGCAGAACGGCACUCUGCACUUCUGUGGCUUUCAGGUUCUCGCUCCUCAGAUAUUCUGGAGUCCGGCUCAUUGCCCCCCCCCUGUGCGAGCGGCGAUGCUGGAAGGCUGGCGAGCGCGACUGAAGGGCCUGCUGGCGGAGAAGCCGUUGACCUUUGCUCCCUGUGAGCUGUUUGACCUCAGCUUCCAGGGGGGGUUCUCCCUGUGGCCCAAGGUGAAGGAGGACCAGGAGUCGCAGCCCUACGGCCUCACCACGGGCCACCACCUGGGGAAACCACUGCCGCCGGACAACCAGACCACGGCUCAGCCCGCAGAGGCACCUGCAGCAAAGAACUCUGAGUUCACACACACAUCUUGAGUCGUGUUAAGCUCGUUACUGGCUCUGGUGGAGAGUCACAUCUACUGAAGAUGAGUUGUUCAUACUCCACCACAUUUCCACGACAGAGCUUUUUAACUUUUACUCAACUAAAAUUUUGAAUUCUACUUCUGGAGGAAAUGUUGUUUUUAUUUGUGUCUAUUGUGUUUCCCUCUGUCCUCUGUUCUGAACUCAUUAGAUAUGGGCGUGGCAAAUGGGUCAAUAGCCCCCCCCACCAAACGCAGCUCCUCAUUUCGCUUUCACCAAUAUUCACGAAAUACGUUACACACGUGAAUCAUGACCAGACACACAAAGAGUCUCAAGGGGCAUUAGGAAGAAAGCAACAGGAUCUCUGGCCUUUUCACUCCCACUUUACACAAUGUGUGUUUCACUUCAUCUCAACAACAUGGAGAUUAACACGACCUUGACUUCUUGUUUCGUCACGGUGGUUCCGUGGCGUCGCAGUCUGACUACACGCCAUCAAAACACGAGGUCGUUGUGUAACGUCACAGUGUCAGUAGCUAUAGAUUCCUCUGAUGUCUUAGAUGUUGCAAAGGUGGAAGAUAUGAUCUGGGUGUUUUUGACCUGAUCUGUUAGUCUGUAUGAAGUGAUAAUGAAAGUUAAUGGGUCAGUCACGUACUGGCAACAGUUUAAAUCUUUAAAUUGAUUUAAAUAAACACUUUAUUGUGUUGUCUGCACUUGGUGGCGUGGACCGUGAUGCAUCAUGGUGGCUGUGAAGUGAAGCGUUUGGCCCGCUCCCCGUCCGCCCUCCCCCGCCGAUGAAUCCAUAUCAAGUAUCCGAGGAUCAGGAUGAUUUUAUUUAAAUGAUGCUACAGAGAUCAAAUGUAUCAUUAUUAUUGUAUAAAGAUUGUAAAACCCUUUAAGACACAUUUUUGAUUUUGGAGCAUAUAUUAAACUGACUUAACUUGA